AUGAGUGCAACAACUCCAAUGAGAAGAAAAAGAGCAACAAACUUACGACAAGGAGAAGACGAUGAUUCCGGUGAACUGGUGAGAAAGAGAAAUGCUCGAAUGGCCGUGUUCUCUGCACUGGUUGACUGUACGCCAUCCACAUCCACCAACAACAACAACAACAACAGAAAUUACCACGAAGAAGACGAAGAAGACGAUGAAUCGCGAACGACACUAUUGAAAUCGAUGAGCCUCAAAAGCCUUCUGAAGCUGAAGUGUGAGACAAUCAACAAGUUUCUGAAUUUUUUUGACGCAACACAUCAAGCGCGAAGCAAUUCGAAGGAUCCCAAAUAUCCUAUUGACUUGUUACCUGACCGCUUGGAAUUCCAUGUCAUGUUCAGAGGUGCAAUGAGUGGUGAAAACUGUCCCUUUAUGCAAGCCAUCAGAAUUUCGAGUGUUUCGGACGAGACCUUGAGGAAGGCGGCUUCUGCAACCGUUCACUUUUUUUCGUUCAUGACAUUACGUCGUAACAAAGUCAAGGAAAGACCAUCGGUUCCUCAGUGCGAUUAUGAGAUGGAGAGGGUGAAGAGAAUGACGACGGUUGAAAAAGCGAAUCUUGUCGGUGAAUUUUUUUGUUGGUUUGAGCGAGUGCCACCCGUACGAGUUUCAUCUAGCAAAGUGGUUGCCACAAAUGGUGUUGAAGCCCGCGUGCAGGUUAAAGAGACCAACACGCUUAUGACGACCAUUCGAGGUUUGUUAGCGUUUUGGACUUAUGUGGGAGUCAUUGAGCCAAGCAGUGACCGAUCGCCAACCGAAGAAUCAAGAUCUAUUUGGAGGGUUGUCAGGUAG